CAAAAUAUACCAAAAGAAAAUUGUUCUAUAAUAAGUGUAAACAAGUAUUAAAUGAAUGUGGAAUAGUUCGUAAUAAAUAAAAUUAUUGUGUUCUGAGUCACAAAUAAAAUAUAACUUAGCUUGUUUUGAGUUACUGCGGUCGGUAUGGAGCCUGAAGAACCGUUUUUAAAUAAUGAUGUAUUUAAUGUUCACGAUAUCGCUGAAAUAGAAGAUUUUCUUAGCGGUUGCGAUGGAGAUUUUAUGAAAAAACUGGAAGAAGAGCUUGCUUAUGUUGAUCCCGACCCUGGACUUUUGAAUAUAGACACGAAAUACAAUCAAAAUAUUUCAUCACCCCAGCUAUCACCCUACUAUAAUACGCCAGGAAAUCCUUUGGUAUCGCAGCAUCCCCGCAAUAGAAAACCACAAGUUCAAGUACCUCAACCUAAGAGCAGCCCUGUUCUGGGUGUAUAUGGCAGAGAGGAAGGUUAUAAUUUGAAUAUCAAGAAUGAAAACACGCCGUUGCCAGACGUAACGCAAAAUGGCCAGAAGCAACCACAACAAACGCCAAUGAUAGUGCAGCAAGUGAUCCAAAGCCCUCUAUAUGUGAACAUAGCACACGGAAGCUUACAAAAACUACCCAAUGGAAGGACGUCACUUGUGCAAGUAGAUGGAGUACCGCAGCUAAAUCAAUCAACUAAACCUCAGCAGCCUUCUCAACCUUUACUUAUACCAAAUAAUGCAAAAGGUGUGACACCAGUUAUAAUAAAAAGUGAUUCUAAUUUUUCUCCUGUGAUACUGCAAUCAAAUAUUAUCAAUCCUGAAACACAGACGUUAAUGUAUACCAGUGCCCCUGUACAAGGAGCGGCUCAAGGAAUCAUUACAAGUGCGAAAUCUGGUAACGAGGGUCAACCUAUACACACCUUCUUUACAAGUAGUAAUGGACCCACGCUACUAACAACUGGAAUACCCCUUGUUCUCGAUGGUGACAAGAUUGCCUUAAACCAAGCACCAAAUAUAUCGCCGCCUAAAGUGAAAGAAGUUAAGAGAAGCGCCCAUAAUGCAAUUGAAAGACGUUACAGAACAAGUAUUAAUGAUAGAAUCGUAGAACUUAAGAAUAUGUUAGUAGGCGAAGAAGCUAAGUUAAAUAAGUCUGCAAUAUUAAGAAAAACAAUAGACUAUAUAAAGUACCUGCAAAAUCAAAAUACUAGAUUGAAACAAGAAAAUAUGGCUUUGAAGCUCGCUUGUCAGAAAUCAGGAGUCAAGGAUGUUGUGUUUGACGGUGGAUACACCCCUCCACACAGUGAUAUCUCAUCACCAUAUCAUUCUCCUCGUGGUAUUGAUAGUGAUUCUCCAUCAUCGCCUGAAUAUAAGGUUGAAGAAAAAUACUCAAAAAUUGUUAUGGGUAUGGGUGAUCAUUCAAGAUUAGCCUUAUGUGCCUUUAUGGUUGGUCUUAUUGCCUUCAAUCCAUUUAGCUCAUUUUUCGGAGGUUUUGUGUCUGAAUCUUUGUCUAAUGAUUAUUCAACAAGAGUUGAUCAAAGAAGAAUUUUGUCAGAUGAUGACAGUGGUUUAAGUAGUUUGUCAUGGGGAACAUGGUUGUUCAACACAUUUUUAAUUUAUCUCGUCAAUUUCGUAAUUCUUGGAGGAUGUCUGAUUAAACUCUUAGUCUAUGGUGAUUCAGUCCCUAAAUCACAAUCAAAAGAGGCUGGACUUUUUUACAAGCAUAAGCGUUUAGCUGACAAUUAUUUAAAAAAGAAAGACUUGACAAAUGCACGUUUAGAACUACAUCAGGCAUUAUCUGUGUGUGGUAAAAGUGUUCAAUCGAGUGGUGGACAGGGCCAUGCCAAGUACUCUGCAUUGGCAGCUGCAGUGUUACGACAGGUGUUGCAACGUACACCUUUUGGUGGUUUCCUUGCGAGAAGAGCUGGUGAUUUAUGGAGUGACAGCCCUGCACGUAGAGCAACCCAACACUGGGCCGCUGAAGUGUCCACAGUCUCCCAUCGUCUCGCUCAACUGGAGAUUCUGUCAAGCCACAGUGGACGUAGUGAGCGAGUGCUUCUAGCAUUACAAGCUGUUAACUUAGCUGAAGUUACAAGCAAUAAGCAACUACUGGCUGAAACCUACGUCACUGCGGCUUUGGUGUUCAAAGAUUACAUGCCGAAAAUAGGAAAUUGGUUAUGUGGCUACUACCUGCGCCGGAGCGCGUGCGUGGGCCCGUGCCGCUGGGCGGGCGCGCUGCGCUGGGCGACGAGCGCGCGCGGCCAGCGCUACCUGCGCGCGCGCCGCUGGGACUACGAGCCGCACGCCGCGCACGCGCUGUUCUCGCGCCUGCCCUGCGCCACCGACCCGCUCGCCUACGCCAUGAGGGCAUAUCACCUAGAAUUACUCCAGAAGAGUCUCCAGAUGCUUCUCUGCGCUGAUGAACGCAGCAACACUCGCGAUGUACUGGAAAUGGUUAAAUUGAUCACUGAUGACGUUUCCACAGAAGCUCCACACCAUACAGGUUGCUGGGACCCGGUGAUGGAGUGGUGGGCGAAUAUCGUGGGAGUGGCGGCCACCUGGUUGUUGGCUGAUUCGAAAAAUGCUACUGAGAUUGGUGACAAACUGAACUUGUUGCCAGAGGAACUCACCAACUGUGAAGAUCCUUUACCAGGUGCACUUCACGCAGCAUACAAAAGUCGACGCGGUCUUCUAAGCCUCGCUCAGUGCAGAGAUGAACACUCUAUCGAAAGGACAUCGGAGACCAUACUCAAGGUAUGCGAUAUCGCUGGAGCCCGGCUAGCAGACUCACUAGCUUACUACUGUUGCCGGAAACCAACACAACUUAUGAUGCUGAUGCAAGUAUUGUGCUGCGACUGGGUGCUGGAGGUGCGUGCCGGGGUGUGGGAGGCGGGAGGGGCGAGGAGCCCCUCCCCGGCCCCACCCGGGGCCCCCUCCACGCCACCCGUUUCACCGCGACACCUGGGAGCCUUCCAACGCGACCUGCACUCGCUGCGGAGAUUGUCUCAGACUCUACCUUGGGUGACAUCGCGAGUUUUCUUGCAUUCAGCGGUUUGCCGUAUGAUGGCGGGUGCGGCUCCUCGUCGGACGCAGCAACUACUAGACGGCAGUCUACGCCCGCGGUUGAAUCGUUCUUCAAUUAUAUGUGGAAAAGAGCGAGCGCUCGAAGGUGGAGGAGGUGAAGGAGAACGGGCGGUGGCCUUAUAUAUGGCGUGCAAGCACUUGCCAGCCGCAGUUCUCGCCGCGCCGGGGGAGAGAGCGGGUAUGCUCGCUCAAGCUGCUGCUACGUUGCAGAAGAUAGGCCACAGGAGUCGACUUCCACACUGCUACCACCUUAUGAAGUCCGUUGGAACUUUACCAUCUGCACCAUAAUUAAGUUAUUUGUACAGUUAUCGUCACGGAUAUUGAGAGAAAACUUCAAAUUGCGUACAAACGAAUUUUAGGUCUUUGGUGGCAAGUGAGGCACAGAGGCGAGGUAAUCAUAUUGUCAUACAAUGAAAACUGCUAACAGUGCGUCUUACGUGAUUCGUUAGUUUUCCUUGCCUCAGGGGCUAUCAAUUUUGGGUACUAUUAAAAAUCCAAUAACUAAAUGGAUACUACUAAUACUCAUAUUGUAAAUCAUUGGUAUUCGUGAUUUUAUAGACAUAGACUGAUACCAUAUUAACUAUUUUCUUUCAUUUUCUUAUUUUUUUUAUUUCAUUUCAAUAUUAUUUAAUAUUUUAUAAAUAAAUCAUUACUUCAUAUACAUACUAAAAAAUUCAUUGGUUUCGAGUGGGUCGUACAUGAAUCGCAAACUAAAAAGUUUACGACCCCUGUUCGCUGCGCAAUGCGACCCUCACUUUGUCGCCGAGUGCUCAAUAUCCGUGUGUCCUCCGAUACCUAUAAUCUCUGAUCCAUAGCGUGAAACGUUUAUUCAAUGACAAUUUUCAUAUUUAUUUGAGAUUUUUUUACAAUAAAAGAAAUUUAAUUUCUGUAA